CGCCCCUCAAUCUCGGCAAUUCUCUUGGUCGGUGGCCCAGCUCUGCCAAUCAGCGAGUGGGGUCCUAGGCAGGCCCUGAGUGACAGCUCUGCGGGCUGGGUCAGGAUGUGCGCGUGCGCAGACCGGCCCGGCUGACCGCCUCGGGGGCGCGACUCCUGUGGCGCAUGCUCAGCGCGCUGCCCAGCCGGGGACUGGAGAAUCUGCAGCGCCCGUCGCUCGGCUCGCUCGGCCCUGCAUCCCGCCUGGGCAUCCCGCACCCGGCCAUGACUGCGCACUCCUUCGCCCUCCCGGUCAUCAUCUUCACCACGUUCUGGGGCCUCAUCGGCAUCGCUGGGCCCUGGUUCGUGCCGAAGGGACCCAACCGCGGCUGGCUCAUUGCCAUCCUGGCGCAGCUGAACCCCCUGUUUGGGCCCCAGCUGAAGAAUGAGACCAUCUGGUAUGUCCGCUUCCUGUGGGAGUGACCUGCCACCCCCACCCAGGUGCAAGCUCUUGGGAUGACCAUGGCUCCGCUGUCCCUGACUGCCCCUUCGUCUGGACCCUCCCCCGCACCGCUGUGUCUGGUCUUCAGCUCCCUCCUGCUGGCACCCGGCCUGCAGGGCCUGCCUGGUUCGUGGAAGUCUUCCCCGUCUUCCCAGCCAGCCCGGGCCCUGGGGAGCCCUGAGCACAGCAGCGGCUGAGGGGAUGUCCUGCUCCAAUACCCGCACUGCUCUGGCGUUUGCCCUCUCUCCCAAGGAGAUGCUGCUGGGGAGCUGGUAAGGGUGGGGUCUUUCCCUUUACAGAUGGGGCAGAUGCCAGGACUCAGCCCAGCCUGAGGAGGACAUAUGUCCUCUUGGAGAGGGUGCUCCAGCCCAGGUCAGGGAGUCAUUGCCCAGUCAGCAGCUCUGCCACCAGCCUGUUGGGAACUGGGGCCUCUACUGGGUUAUAGGCAAUGCCUUUUCUCUGGCAUGGAAUUAUUUGUUGAUUUUCUAACACAUCUAGAUGUGAAAUUUCUGCAAAUGUUGAAGUAGAGAAACAUUCGCACACAAAAGCAACAUAGUCAUGUGGGUCCAGAUGGCCUCAGCCCUAGAUGUGGCAUCCUUUGCUGCCUCUCCUCAGAAUAUCCUGUUCCGCCUCCUCCCACCUGGGCCUCCCCUCGGUAGAGCUCUCCCCUCCCCCACCCCAGCCUGUCAGUCUGUGCAGGUUUGGGCUCCGCCUCGGGUUGCAGCGGGGGUAGACUUCAGAGCCUCUCAUGGCAGCAUCUAAGUGACCAGAGCUGGGAUGAGAGACAGGGAAGGGGCAGUGUGAGCAGCUCUGCAGGGCUGCCCAGCCUUGCUCCUGAGCCAGCCCCACCCUCUGCCCCCCAACCCCGGCCCUGGGCUCUGUGCCAGGGAUGGUAAAGAAUUCUGACCUGGCAGGAAUGGGGAGCAGCACGCAGGGGUCUGGGGCCUCUCCAGCCUUGCCCUCGUGCUUACCUGAGGUCCUGGUGUGGUUAACACGGAGUUCACCCACCUUGCCUGGCUCCCAGCCGGGGGCCUGUCCUCACUGCCGCUCCAGGGGAAGAAACACCAGCCUCACUUCUGUAUGGACUGCUGAUGAGGCCUGCCACCCUGUCUAGGGUUUAGCGGGCAUUGUCUUUGGAGCAGGAAGAGAAUAGGAUGCGUUUCACUCAUAUGCUGGGUCCAGGCUGGCCAGCUGCUCAGGGCUCAGGCUAGGGCCUCCCAUUGACAUCCUCCCCCAAAACUCCCUCUCCCGGCCUCUGUAGCCACUCCUGUGGGGUGACGGUGCUGAGUGUGACUUGUGCUGAUAAACCUGGUUCAUGUCUAAUAAAUAAUGGUGAUGAAAAGA